UAGCUUCAGUCGACCCGAGUCCGUCGUCUGUUAAGGGUCAAGGUACGACAGUUGUGUUGAUUCGGUGGACUCGUGAGAUUUAGCGUGCGUCCAGUCCCCCGGACCAUGUAACAUGGCGAUGGUCGCGUCCAACAUGAGUGGUCACAUACAAAAACAGUUAACCCGUUCGUUGGAGCGGAUUUUAGAAGAGGCGCACCUCAGCGGCGAGCUAAAACUGAGUGGUCGAAAACUGAAGGAGUUUCCGAAAACCGGCGUCAAGUACAACCUUUGCGACACCGUUACCGCUGAUUUGUCGAAAAAUCGGUUCGCGGAAUUGCCUGAAGAAGUAACCGAGUACCCUUUUCUGGAGAAACUUCAACUCUACCACAAUGCGAUUCGUGUCAUUCCCGACACCGUCGUCAUGCUCCAGUCCCUAGCCUACCUUGACCUGAGUCGUAAUCAACUCACCACCCUUCCGCGGGAAGUGUGUCGCCUUCCGCUUCAAACUUUACUCGUCGCUCACAAUCGGCUGGUUUCCCUUCCCGAAGAACUUGGCAGGAUGUCAGCGCUGGCUGAACUCGACGCCGGGUGCAAUGAGAUAUCUACUCUUCCACCGCGGAUCGGAGAUUUGCCAAGGCUCAGGAGCCUCGACUUGAGGAGUAAUCUUUUGGUGCAGCUACCAAUAGAGCUCACGUACCUUCGGUUGGUGAAGCUCGACGUCAGUGGAAACCGAAUAUCUGUGCUACCUAACGAGCUCAGGAAAAUGAAGAGCCUCAUUGACCUCAAGCUGAUGGAAAACCCUCUGACUUCGCCGCCCGCUUCGUUAUGCACCCGCGGUCGUAUUCAUAUCUUCAAGUACCUUGAGAGACAGGCCGUGAAGCACGAGCGUGCGAGGGGCGGAAGGGCUCGACGCAUUCCCUUGGAGGCCCGCGGACACGCCACCCUUGACACGAGGUCCCACAGACGCCACAACGUCGACAGCGGGUACAGCACAAGCGACGGGGUUGACAAACGAUGGUCGCAGGAAAUCCACCCUGGGUUCCUUCUCAUUCCCCAGGUCCACGAGGGCGACGUUCGCGGACCUUGGCGUCAAGAAUGCUCACCGCUGUCCAUCGCUCUGCCUGCUCGGGAACCAGCAGUAACCAAUGGCUCAUGCAGUGGUACUUCGACACCCAGCACGAUAUCGCCGGGGGAGCACACCUCGCUGGAGGAUGAACUAGGAAAGGCAAUGAUACUGCACGACCAACUCGAGAAGCGGAAGCUGGAAAGAAGCACAUCUGAUAACUGUGGUGAUCCGCGGAGAAUAAUAGGAGCUAAUUGUCCAAGUGCUUCUACCAUAUCAGGCCACUUGGAAAGUGUUCCAUUGACCCAAAUCACACACGAACCACCCCUUGGCACCCCGCAAUCUAUACAACCUAUUCAAACAACAGUCAACAAUUCGCUACAGGUCAACGGAGAUGAAAAGAGGCCUUUGAAUCACAUCCAAACAUACAGGGAAUACAAAGAGGCUUUGAGACAGCAGAGGGUGAACGAAGGGCCUAGCGUGUACAGGCUAUCCAAGCAGAUUACACCACCAGGCAAUGAAUCUGCGAAUGAAUCCCACGGCAACGAAGCAUCAGAUGCUAAUCAAGCCAAAGAUAAUUCUCAGUCUAAGCAAAUAUUCACUGAUGAAAAUUCACUGAAAAGGCCGGUACAGAAAGUACCACCGUCCCGUAUCAAUUAUCAAAAUGCAGGCAUUUUCAAUGGUGGUAGCAAUAACGAGUAUAACAACAAAAACGGAAAACUCACUGAGCAAACUUACAGAAAGCCUAACUCACCUAUAAAAACUUCCACUAGUAUUUCAUCGAUAAAUUCUAGCCCAAGUCAUGCGCCAAGACUCGUCAAAACUGCUAUAGGAUACGUGGAUGGUAACAAGAGUCCAAACAGAAGUAGUGGAAGUCCUAAAUCAACACGGUCUGUCACAUGGAAUAGUAACAUGCCUGAAAAAUAUUCAUUUACAAUGCGCAGAGAAUUCGAACGAGCCAAAGAGGAGGCAGAUUUGAUUGAACAGCUUCGAAGUCACAUAGAGACAAGACUGAAGAUGGCUCUUCCGGAAGACCUGGCGCCAGCUUUGACCGACGGUGUUGUUCUGUGUCAUCUGGCAAACCACGUUAGACCUCGUUCUGUAGCCAGUAUUCAUGUUCCUUCUCCUGCUGUGCCGAAACUGACAAUGGCGAGAUGUAGGCGGAACGUUGACAACUUUCUUGAAGCGUGCAGAAAGAUCGGAGUAGACGAGGAGGUGUUGUUGGACGCGGACGCGAUCAUGGACGUGGGUUACAUGGAUGCCUAUGGGCUGGAGGCUCUCGGGCGUCUAGUAUCAGCGCUUGUUGAAUUAGAGGGCUUCGAAGAACCUGCAGGUUCAUCUCGUACGAUUCAGGACAGCGUCCUCUCCUCGAUGCUUUUUGCCACGUUUAUUACUACUCUGAUGCUACUAUAUAUUUUUCCAAUCCCUGAGUAGGAAGGUUAAUUCCCGAACAGUUGACGGACCUUUUAUAAUUUUGCUGCAACAGCUGUAAUUCUUAGCCAUUAACAUUCGCUGCAUAGAUUGUAGGAUAUAACAGAUCGCGCUUAAAUGCAAUGUGGACAUGUAUAUCAGAACGGUGCUUAAUUAUUACUUAAUACGCAUCAAGGAUGAAAAAAUAAGAGAUGGCUGAUUAUAUCGCAUUAUUGGCAAUAUGUAUAAACACUUUUGUAAGAAAAUAUCUUGUGCGUGUUCCAAUUAACCUAGCUUUGUAACGUUAAACAUGCCUUUGAAGUUAGAUAUUCCUAGUGUAGUCGACCAAAAUGCCGAGGCUCUCGAGAAUUGAUUGGCCCGUAAACGAUUAUAAUUUCUUCCAAAAAUAAGCAGAUGUAUAUGUAACUAUCAAUUGAGCUUUCGUUUCUUCGAACAUAUCAGAAAAUAUUCAUAAGGUUUUGCGGUUUAAAUUAUUCGACAUAUGUCAGUAACAUUUACAGGACGAACAGUUCUCAAGCAGUUUAGCCCAACAUAGACGGCAGGGCACAGCAGAGCAGGGUCACCGUGUUCCUGCUGCUGCUAAUUUAUUUUCAUAGAUGCGCGCCAAAUGUAAUCGUAUACCUACGUGUAAAAUUCAUACGCGUAGCACGAGUAUUAACACGAGUUAUAUUUAAUAUUAAUCAAUCAAUCAAUUUAUUAUGAAGGUUCGAUUCAAAGGCGAAAUCUCUCCACGUGUAAGUUCCAUACCAAAUGGUUAUUCUAACACGUGCUUCUAUCUUAUUGGGUACAAGUUUGGAAUUGACGUCAACUUUUGAUACUAGCAUUUAAAUUUGUCCUUGAACUCGCAACAACGUAAAUUUACAUACAUAUAUUGUAUUAGAUUAUACUGUAAUAAGUACGUACAAAUUAGCGAACUUUAUUUAUACUAUUUCACAGGAAUCUUUUGUAAUUCAGGUAGGAAUUACCAAUUAUUUAUUUUCAAUGCUACUGUAAUAACUUUGCAUAAUAUUUGCUACAUAGCAUUCAUUGCAAUAAUCUCAUCUGCUCGCAGGCAUCAUUAUAUUUUGAAAUCUAAGUGAACUGUUGCCAUUCAAAGUUUCACCCUCUAGUCUCAAUGAUACAUUCUAUCUAGUCAUGAUAUGGCCAAGCUGAAUGGCAACCGAUUUUUCGCAGGGAAUAGGUGGAUAAUAAAUAGUAUUAUUUUAUUUUCAUUUUUGAACAAUCUUGGUUUUGUUAUUUCUUUCAAAUUUUGAAAAUGCAUUUUGUAUUUUUGCAGAGUGAGUUUAUCUUUAAUGGAUUUGAUUAUCAUUAGGCAUAUGGAUAUUUGAACAGAAACGCAAAUCGUGUUUGUUCUUAUUUUUAUAACUUCCCUCCUAAAAUUGAAGCUCGAUUCAACUAAUUUGUACAUUGGUCUGAUGUGAAAGUUUGUUUGUAAUGUAUAUACCGGAUGUCUAUAUCCUGCGUUUUAAUUAUAAAAUCAGUAUUAAUAAAAUUGGGCAUCCGCCCGGGUACGAAUAUUGAUAUGCUAAAAGACUGGAUUUGAAGUAUAGUUUUUAUUCUGAUAUCGUCGGCUUGGAGCAACAAUAUCCCAUCUUAGAAUUUCGUUGGAUAACAUCGUGUUUCCAAAGUGAUUUCCGACGAUAGCCGACAUUUUUGAACGACAUUUUGAGCCGAGGUUUUGUUGAACCAAAACCUGAGAUGGGAUGUUGUUGCUCUCAGCUGACGAUAUAAAUUUUUAUCGGAAGGAAGUAGUUGACUAAUUUAACGUCUUUGUUGUAUGAUGUGGAAGCGAAAUCAUUCCGUUAUUAUUAAUAUUCGUUAUUGUACAUCAUUUAAUUAAUCUAAUUGGUGCUUGGUUUUUUACUAGAAGCUUAAGCGUUUGCUUUUAAUUGUUAUGCAUUGGUUCUUAAUUUAUUAUUGUAUGAUAUAAACCAGUUUUCAAUCAUUAUUUAUUUAUUGAAAAAAAUUAUUUUGCAUAAGUAUAUGUGAUGAUUGGUCCGAAGUUGGAAGAUAAAGUGGUUGAUUGAAAUAAUGGUGUAAAUCAAUUUGAACCACUACUACACAGCAUGAAUUCUAUUUUUCAAAUGAAUUUUUUUUUCUACUAAUUUACAUUAUUUCAAUUACAUUGUUACCUGUGAAAGAUUUGUCCAUGUAUGUUUGCGGAGGUUGAUUCUGAGACGAUUAUUACGAUUUUCACACGUUACUCGUUUGAGGGUCAACCUGAGCAAUUGUACAUCUGUAAUAUGCAUUCACAAGAUUCUGCUCGAAAACUAUGUAAUUUGCGAUAUCAUAAGUAAAUGACUGUGUGGUUUACAUGCAAUCUACAUACUUAUGUGCGUGGUAUACAGUGCACGUGAUUAUUCAUUACAGCAAAUAUUCGACAAUCCCAAAUUAUUCGCUACUUUUGCUGUUGAAGAAACUUUUGAGGAUUAUAAGAAUAUGUGUACUGGUAAUCACAGCACUAUAUGUGUACUAUAUAACGGCAUUAAGCUUGGAAAAUGCAACUUUUCGAUCGAUUUUACCGAUUGCACUAUAAAAAUAUUCCAUCCCUCGUUUUAUCGUAUACCAGUUUUAUUCACCUCGAUGCUGCACAGUUAUCAGCCCUGCGCUAAAGCAGUGCAAGAACAAGUCUAAUAAUAUCAAAAAGAUCUGAACUGCAUAUAAUCUUCUUGAUACUGAGCGUGUGACGUUUAAUAUAAACAUAGUAUUUCGUAACAUUUGUGUUUUAAGCCUGAGAAUGAAAAAAAAAAUUUACAUAGGUUUCAGAUUCUUCAAAUCAAAUUUUGUAUUUUCAGUCUGACUAUAAAACACGAUCUCAAAAUGCAGAUGGAUCACACAUUUCACGAAAAAGUGAUUUUUGGAUUGUAAAGUUUUAAUUCUUUCAAUUUGUUCAGGAUCAUAUCUCACAGGAUAUUUUAUCUUCCUUCUUACAUGUCUGAUACAAACGGAUGGUCGAAUAUUUUUUCCUCUCUUCUUCGCUUAUCAUGUACCAACCUAGUGUACCAUCUCGUAAUGUGUAACCAAAAUAUAUCCUUGUAAUAUCGUCAUUUUAAAAUAAAAUAUUCUUUUUAUACGGAAUAUCAGUUUUCAAUAACUAAAUGAUUAUACACCAUGAGUGCAUGAGUUUCCAAAAAAACCUCGGUGGUGAGCUCUGUCAAAAAAUAUUUCUUUCUAAAACUGCCAUGUGCAUCUCAUAUUUUAUCUUAACUAAUCAGUUUUAUAAGCCAUUUCUAAUGGAUAAUUGUGGGUU